CGCCAUUACAGGGAGUGAGAUCUCUGCUGGAAAACACACAGUUGGAGUUUAUUAAGUGAAGAGACUAAAAGCUGGUGAGUCCUGCUACUGAAAAAUACAUUUACAAAUGGCUGAGAGAGCUCUCUUUGAAAGUUUCCUGAGCUGCCAUGUGUGUUCAGAGACUUUCAGAGAUCCUGUGUCUCUGAGCUGCAACCACAGCUUCUGUUCAAGCUGCCUGCAGAAAUUCUGGGAACAAGCUAAAAACAAAAACUGUCCCAUUUGUAAAAGAAAAUCCUCAAAGGCUCAUCCCUCAGUGAACUUUGCACUGAAGGAACUGGCUGACUCCUUUGCUGGGAGACAGAAAGCUGGAUCAUCUGAGACAGAAAAAGGAGAGAAGAAGGAGGUGGUGUGUAGUAAACAUCAAGAGGAGCCUAGAUUGUUCUGUAUGGAUGAAGAUAGAGCUGUGUGUCCUGUCUGUGAGUUUUCUCUCCACCACGGUCACAAGGUGGUUCCUAUAGAACAAGCAGUCAGUGAGCUGAAGGACCAGCUGAAAUGUGACUUAAAGUCUCUGCAGGACAAGAGGGACAAAUACAAACAAGUGGAGGAAACAUACAAUGAAGUGAUUGAACACUCCAAGAAGCAGCUGUUGUCCACAGAGAGGCAGAUCAGAGCAGAGUUCAACAAGCUCCAGCAGUUCCUGAAAGAGGAAGAGGAGUCCAGACUGGCAGCUCUGAGGGAGGAAGAGGAGCAGAAGAGGAAGACUCUCAGCAGAGAGAUGAAGAUGAUUGGGGAGCAGAUCUCCUCUCUGUCACACAGUAUCUGUGCUGUUGAAGAAGAGCUGCAGAAACACGAGGUGCCAUUCCUCAGCAGUUAUAAAGCCACUCAGAGCAGAGCCAGAGUCCAGUGCUCACUGUCAGAUCCACAGCUGGUCUCAGGAGCGCUGAUAGAUGUGGCCAAACACCUGGGCAACCUGUCCUUCAGAGUCUGGGAGAAGAUGAAGGACAAGGUCCACUUCAGUCCUGUCAUUCUGGACCCAAACACUGCAAGUCCCUGGCUCUAUCUGUCUGAUGAUCUGACCAGUGUGAGAAAUGGAGACGCAGAGCAGCAGCUUCCUGACAAUCCAGAGAGACACACUUACUAUGUAAAUGUUCUGGGCUCUGAGGGCUUCAGCUCAGGGAAACACAGCUGGGAGGUGGAGGUGGGAGACCAUCCUGUCUGGAAUAUUGGUUUGGCUAAAGAGUCAGCUGACAGGAAGGGAAAGACAUCUGCUAUACCAGAAUAUGGAAUCUGGUGUUUAACACAUGGUGAUGGAGAAUACAUUGAUGUUGUUGGUAAGACUGUCACAGUGAAGAAGAGUCUCCAGAGGAUCAGAGUCCAGCUGGACUAUGACAGGGGGGAGGUGUCCUUCUACGACCCUGAAGACAUGACUCACAUCUGCACUCACAGAGACACUUUCACUGAGAAACUCUUCCCAUAUUUCUUUAUUGGAUCAGCUGGUGAUGCUAAAACUGCUGAUAUCAAAAUGUGUCACACUGAGAUUUCUCUGUGAUGUUCAGACAUGUUGGUGUUAGUGAAGACUUUACUCUGACUUCACUGUUUGUCUCCAUGUCAUUGGGAUAAUUAAGACAAUACACAGUUAAUCCAGAAAGAUGUGUUUCUAAUACCCAAACUGCAUUACAUUAUCAGGUGAUGAACUUUCAUGCAGGUACAAAUCAAGGCUGAUUUUUGAAUGAUAUAUUCUUUAACAUGGUCAUCAGCAUCUUGUUUUGAGUCAGAUAACACUGUAUAGUAGUAUCAGUCAUCAACUUUAUUUUGAGAUAUUAUUGGAGUCUUUUAUGAGGUAAAUCAGUUUUGGAUCUGUUGUUUUAUUCUGAGGAAACAAGUGGUUUCAUUUCAUUUUAUUUUAAGUCAGUCUUUAAUUCUUCAUACU